GUCGGCCCAUACUGCAUUACUCAAUUCUCCAGAAAAAGGAGAAAAAGGGGAGAGAGAGCCUCGUCCCCUCGGCAAUCUUCUCCGCUCUUCGGCCAUGGCGGAGAAGGGUCAACCCUUGCCAAAGUUUGGUGAAUGGGAUGUGAACGACCCGGCAUCGGCCGAGGGAUUCACUGUCAUAUUCAACAAGGCCAGGAAUGAGAGGAAAGGAGGCACCAAAAAAACCGAAUCCCCCAACAAAGAUUCUCGCAACUACAAAAGCACUGUUGUUCUUGGGAAGCCUCAGUCUAAACGAUGGUUAUGCUGUGUAAAAGCCGACCGUGCUGACUGAACUCGCAGCUGUAAGAAGCUGUUUAUGAAAAGGGGCCUGAAGGCUUUUGAGCGCUAAGGAGAACCAAACAGCUAACUGAAUAAGAAUCUCAAAGCUGUUUCCAACAGAUGGAACAAGUUGUUUUUUCUUUCUUCGUUAUCUAUCGAACUACUUUGUACCCUUUGAUUAUUAUCAGUGAAGUUCUUCUCUUCAUGUGGAUUCUAUUCUAUUAAUAAAAAUCUAUUUAAUUAUGCAUA